GACUCUUUAUCGUGGUCAAUCGAUGACAACAGAAGAAUUCGAUGCAUUAAAAAGAAGCACAAAUCAACUUAUUUCUGUGAACACAUUUCUAUCGACAACAACAGAUCGUGAAGCAGCUAGUAUUUUUUCAGGUGAAGGUUCGUCAUAUUCUGGUCUCAUAUCAGUUGUAUUCGAAAUUUUGGUUGAUUCAAAUUGUGAAAUAGCUCUUUUACCACCAUUUGCUGACAUAAGUAAUUUGAGUCAUAUGAAAGACGAAAAUGAAAUACUUCUUUCGAUGGCUACUGUCAUGCAAGUAGUGUUAGUAAAAAAAAUUAAUCAAACGACUAGAACAAUUUAUUUACGAAUGUGUCGACAUGAUAAUCAUACUGUAGCAGAACUAGAAGCGUAUUUAUUUAAUGAAAUUCGAAAAACGCAAUCUAAUGAGUCAUGUUAUAUCCAUCAACAUGGUACCUUACUUUUCAAUAUGGGUAAAUAUAACAAAGCUGAACAAAUGUUUAACAUGGUAUCAAUCAAUGAAAACUCACUUGAUGACGAUAUGCGACCAAUAUUUAUAUUUGUAGCCCGACUUGCUGAACGAAUUUCCCGUUAG